AUGGCAUCUACCUCUCAGAGCUUUGGUGAUGUGACGGCUGGCGACAGAAAUUCCAUCUUGCAGGGUAACUUUUACCAAAGUGCCCCUUUGACUUCUGCUCUCAAACGGAAACGCUUUCGACAUGGCAACUACCCACCGCCGAACAGAAACUUUCUCGGCCGUGAAGCUGAGGUAGCGGAGAUCAAGGCUGCCUUUAGGGGAGCCACCGCUGGAGAACAGAAACGAUAUGUCAUCUAUGGCUUGGCUGGCAUUGGAAAAAGCGAGAUUUGUGUGAAACUUCUCAAGGACAUGCAGAACGAGUUUUGGGGCCUUUUUUGGGUUGAUGUAAGCGACUUCGUGUCUGCAGAGCAAGAGUUCAAGAAGAUUGCGGAUCAAAUCCGCCCUGGCAACACACACCAGACUCUGGGAGACGCUUUAAGCGCUCUCGCCGAACUUGAUUUCAACACCUACCCAUGGCUCCUCGUUUUGGACAACGCCGACGAACUGAGGGACUACGCACCAUUUUUCCCGUCCGCUUCUAGUGGUUCAAUUCUUAUGACGUCGCGCAAUCGUGAAUGUGAAAAACAUGAGACUAUUGGCAGCCGAGAACUCGAGCCAAUCUCCUUUGAAGACUCCAUGCUGCUCCUCUUCAAAGCUGCCAAAUUGCCCCCAAAGGACUGGGACUCCUACCGGCCACAAGCGAAGACGAUCGUAGAGCUUCUCGACUUUCACACUCUGGCCUUGAUUCAGGCCGGUGCGUUCGUAUCUCGAGAUGCCCGAAACUGGAAUGAAUAUCCCAGAUUCUUCAAGGACAACCGCCAACAUCUUCUCACAACUUCGCCGAAACAGGCACGAUCGAAAUACGGCGACGUGUACGCGACCUUCGAGGUCUCUGCCCGUGCACUCAAAUCCGAUGGGGGUACCGAGGCGGAGGACGCGUUGUGCUUGUUGGGGAUUUUCGCGAUGUUUCAUCACAGCGGGUUUCCCACAUCAAUCUUCGAGGACGCUUUGAGAGGAAUCCGUCACAUGAAGAUAACAGGAUUCAGCAACGACACUGGCAGAAUCUCAACGAGUCUUGCGGAUCUUUUACCUGCAUUUCUGUCGGAGAGCCGAGGCUUGACUUUGCGUCUUCAAGCAGGGCUCGAUUGUCUGGAAGCUCUUUCACUCAUCAAACAAGCCACUAUCGACAACGGAGACGGCGUCAAGUUGGUGUCAAUGCAUCCACUGGCACAUGCCUGGGCAAAAGACCGCCUGGAUCAGAAACUGCAAGAGCAGGCUUGGAUGAUGACUGGCUCAAUCAUCGCUUUCUCCAUGAAGUCUGUUCCACAAUCUUACUAUUAUCGGGACUCAAGCAACUGGAGGCUCCGCACCAGACAACUCCAAUCUCACAUCAGCUCUUUCUUGGAUAACAGAGUGACGUGCAGUUUCCGCGACCCAUGGGGUGUUGAGUAUCUCCAAGUCAAUCGUGUUAUCGCAUAUCUACUUCAUAUUUUCCGGCUUGACCAAAAGCUGGAGCUUUUCCUGCUCGCAAUCUUCGAAACACUUGAAGCAGAACCAUCGAGACCAGAGGAUAUCAACCUGCUGCCGUUUUACAAAGAAAUGGCACGCAAUUGGGGGGACCUCAACAGAUACCCAUCGAGUCUGGAUUUGUGGCGGCGAAUAGUCAGUCUUCAAGAGGCAAAUUCAUUCCACGAAGAAGACCUUGUAUCAUCUAAAAACAAUCUUGCCUGCACGUAUGCUAGUAGUGGAGCCUUCAAGGAAGCGAUCGCGCAGUUGGAGAGUAUCGUUCAACUUAGGAAGAGGAAACACUCGGCUGAUGAUCCCGGAUUGCUAAAGUCACAGCAUGACCUUGGGGGCGCUUACCUAGACGAUGGACAAGUAGAGAAGGCAAUCAAUCUGCUCGAACACGUUGUUCAUAUUCGGCAGAGCAUACUCGCGGAGAACUCCCCAGUAUUGCUAGCAUCACAGCAUGAGCUUGGGCGCGCUUAUACCACGGCCAACAGGCUCCAGGAAGCUCUGAAACAAUUCGAGUAUGUUGCAAAAAUCAAGAAAACAACGCUUCCUCUGGGUAACCCAAACCGGAUUGCAACGCUGACUUGGCUCCCACGUCUGUACCUGGCCAAUGGGCAGCUCGAAAAAGCGAAAGAGGUAGUGAUCGAGGUCGACGGUGUAUUGAGGAGUCUUCCCAAAGAUGACGCUCGGUGGCGCAAACAUGGGGAAUUUCUUGAAUAUUGGAAGAGAUCCUUCGAAAUGGAGGAUAAGCUGUAG